GGAAGCUGUCGGAAGAAGGAAGGUUGUGAUAGGCUCCCGCUGCUGGGGCGCGGGACGCGGUGCUCGAGGAGCGGGUCCUGCCGCAGCUGGGCUCUGCCGCCAUGUGGGGCGGGCACGGUAACUUCGACGGUGGCUACGGCCCGGCGGGCGGCUACACGCAGUCCCCGGGAGGUUUCAGCUCUCCUACAGGCGCGCAGGCGGAGAAGAAGCAGCGCAGCCGCUCGCAGAGCAUCGUGCCCUGCACCGUGUCGCAGCUGCUGGCGGCCGAGCAGGUGGACGAGGCGUUCCGCAUCCACGAUGUGGAGAUCUCACAGGUCACCGUGGUUGGCAUCGUAAGGCACGCAGAGAAGGCGCCCACCAACAUCCUGUACAAGGUGGACGACAUGACAGCAGCACCCAUGGAUGUGCGGCAGUGGGUUGACACCGACGAGGCAGGUAGUGAGAAUAUCGUGGUACCCCCAGGAACUUAUGUAAAAGUCGCUGGUCAUCUUCGGUCUUUUCAGAAUAAGAAAAGUUUGGUGGCAUUUAAGAUCAUGCCUUUGGAAAACAUGAAUGAGUUCACCACGCACAUACUUGAGACAGUCAAUGCACAUAUGAUCCUCAGAAAAAAUCUGAUGUUAGCAUCAAGAGCACCUCAGUCAUUUACCUCUGCUGGAAUGAGUGACGUUGGGAGCUACGGUGGAGGCAGCCUGCCUGUGAAUGGACUCACAGCACAUCAGAGUCAGGUGCUGAACCUGAUUAAAAACUGCCAUUCUCCAGAAGGUAUGAGUCUUCAAGAGCUGAAACUUCAGCUCCACAAUGUCAGCAUACCAACAAUCAAGCAAGCAGUUGAAUUCCUUAGCAGUGAGGGACACAUCUACUCUACUGUGGAUGAUGAUCACUAUAAGUCUACGGAUGCUGAUUGAAGUUCUUUCCACCUGGAUUUGCUUCUAACCAAGUGCUUGUCAGUAUCUCAAGUUAACCUGCUGAGCUUUGCAACUUGGAAGGUGAUCUUUGCUUUCUAACCUGUGCAGUCCCAGUUAUUCUGUGAGUCCCUGCACCUUGGAAUUUAAGGACAAGCAGAACAUUUGGGAGGAUUCUGGUAACUGAGCUUGAUUAAUAUGCCAUGACCAUGUGAUGGAAGUAUAAACAGAUAUGGGAGAACCAAACUUCUCAAAACUUCUAAUCCUGCAGUUUGUUUUUGCCUGUUAGAACAACUGUGUUAGAGAGAACCCCUUUCACAUCUUGUGUGCAGAUUCUUUUGUUGUUUCUUCCUAAUGCUUUCAUUCCAUUUCAUUCACGAGAGGGGUAGCCAGGAGAAACGUUCUACUAAUGUACAGUAAUCAUGACUAGAUUUGUAAUUAGUUUGUGCUCUUAAAUCUAUAUUUGUACUAUGAAGUAGUCUUGUUACUAUGGCUUUUGAAUAUUAUUUUCAAUAAAAUUUAAAUGAGGGUGGUCUUGA